AUGUCUGGGAACGAAGGCAAUGGUGCCAUACCUCUAAUUGCUCCAGAAGUUACUCCUCGAGACUGUAUAUGUGAUAAUAAAAGUGAAGAGAUUAAACAAAAACAACUUCCGGUGCAUAAUGGGAAAAAGCGAACAAUAAGUUUUUGUAAUAGCGUGCUACCCAUACAGUUGUCACCACGUGAAAUCAGCACGAUAUUUGCUGGUGGUGGUGCGGGUGCUAUCACAUUUGUGCUGCCAAUCGCUUAUGCGCUUCAUCUUUACGGAUCACGCAUUGUUUUCAGUAUGCUACUAAUGUUUUCAUCAAUUGCUACAGCGUUGAUGCCGUUUGCUGCACGUAAGGGUGUUAUUUGGAUGGUAUGCGUUCGUAUUGUGCAAGGCAGUUUUGUAACUUUGCUAUCAGCUGGUGGUCAGUUAUCUCAAAUUAUUACAAUGCCAUUAGCAGCCCACUUAUGUGUUACGUUUGGUUGGCCUGCGGCUUUUUACGCUUCCGCAAUUAUUUCUGCUAUUUCAGCUAUUUUAUUUCUCUCCUUUUUUCGCAAUAAUCCUGCAAAGCAUCCACUUGUUUCGUCAAAAGAACUUCUUUUUAUUACUAAAGGAGUAGAGCGUAAGCACCGCAGGGACAUCUCAGUACCAUAUUGGUCAAUUGCAAGCAGUCGUUCUGUUUGGGCUGUUUGGAUUGCAUUUUUUGGUAAUGCGGUCGGAUUUCAGCUGAUCGUGCAGUAUAUGCCAACAUAUCUCAACAAAACAUUGAAAGUACCAAUUGAGCAAACUGGCUUGUCAGCGAUUUUGCCUCCACUAGUUCAGUUACUGAUGAAAAUGAUGGCAGGGAUUGUCUCUGAUAGAAUCACUUGUAUUUCGGAGAAGUGUAAACUACAAAUGUUCAAUACCACUGCAAUGGUUGGAUGUGCUUUGUUUCUGCUUCCACUUGGUUUUCUUAAUUCUGAUCACGUUGGUAUAGCUUUACUUUGCUUCACGGGCGGAAUCAGUUGCAUAGGACUAAUUGCUUGUGGUUCUAUGAAAUCAGCCACAUUAAUUGCUCGUACUUUUACUGAAUUUGUCAUGGCUGUUGUUCAGCUAGUUGCUUGCAUCGGUAUGCUUAUGGUACCAUUUAUGGUUAGCACUUUAGCACCGAAUACUACCAUACGUGAGUGGCGUUAUGUGGUAUUAGUUACAGCUUUGAUUCUUAUCACGUCAAAUGCAAUAUUUUGUUGGUUAUGUAGUGCAGAAGCAGAGCCUUGGGCUUUGCUCGGAUUAGUUCAAUCUUCAAAUGAUAAUGAACCGAAAAAAAAUUUAAUAAAUUCAAAUCAACAAAGUUUGUCCUAA